UGCAAAGAUUACUGAAUUCUGGCAGGCAACACUGCAGAGCCCACAUAGUCUCUGGCAUGAGGGAUCUCAGGCUUUGGUUACAUUGGGUCUACAUUUUGCCCUUGAUUUUAAACUCUACAGCUUUAAUUUGAACUUCAGUCGUCCAGUUUGGAAAGUAGUUACAUACUUUUUUGAAGAUGGAGAAGGGAAGUUUGAGAGUGAUUUAUGUACUGACCCUAGUCAUGUAUUUGAGUGCCUGUGCUUCCGGAUCAAAAAACAAGGGGAAAAGUGAAACAUCUGCAUGGAAGCAGCAAGAAGAUCAAGGACAUUUAGAACAAAAAAAGAUCUUUGAAAAUGCUGAAGGUAUUGACUUUGGACAAGAUGAAUACCAUUUGAUGAUACCAAAAGCAGAAUUAAUGGAGGAUGCAGAUAGAGGAUAUGUGAACACACUAACUGAUGAGUUUUCCGGAACUAACCUGACUCCAACGCCUCAGUCAGACCUGCCCAAUCUGGGUUUCACAUUUAGUGUACGCAAAGAGGACAGCGCCGGUGGAAUCCUCACUAAAAAUAAUGUUUCAGAACAAGUCAUUACAAGGAUCUACAAUCCUCUGUUCCCAGUUACAAACAGCUCCUACAGUGCAUAUGGGAUUUUGUUUCUGGCUCUUGUAGUGUUUUCUGUAGGAAUUGUGGGUAAUCUAGCAGUCAUGUGCAUUGUUUGGCAUAAUUAUUUUAUGAGGAGUGCAUGGAACUACAUCCUGGCCAGCCUGGCUUUUUGGGACUUCCUAGUCUUGUGUUUCUGCCUGCCUGUGGUGGUGUUUAAUGAGCUCACCCACAAGCGACUCCUGGGGGAUUUUUCUUGCAGGGUUGUACCAUACAUGGAGGUGGCGUCUCUAGGCGUGACAUCCUUCAGUCUGUGUGCUCUUGGUAUUGACCGUUUUCAUGCAGCCACUAGUUCCCUUCCGAAGGCCCGGCGAGUGGAGCGCUGCCAAUCCGUCCUUGCAAAAUUGUCGGUGGUGUGGGUUGGUUCCAUGGUCCUGGCCGCCCCAGAGCUGCUCAUAUGGCAGCUGCAACAAGUCAAAUCCCCUUCCCUGGGUGUCCAGGUUGAUGUCUGUGUCAUAAGCCCAUAUCUAAACCUCCCCGAAUCUAUUUACUCUUUAGUCAUCAACUAUCAUGACACUCGCAUCUGGUGGUACUUUGGCUGUUACUUCUGCCUGCCUGUAGUCUUCACCUUGCUCUGUCAGCUGGCCACCUGCCAUGUCUCCAGUGAUAGUGGAAGCUCUGGCAAACGGGCUGAAGAUCGCUCUCCAUCCACAAAGCAGAAAUUUCAACAUGCCCAGCAGGUUGAGCGGCAACUAAACUGCACCGUCAUGGCAUUGGCCCUGGUUUAUGGGGUGUGUGCACUGCCUGAGAACAUAUGCAACCUUACACUGACAUACGCUUCUAUACAGCCAUCCAAGGAUGUUUUGGCUCUCCUCACUUUUAUAAAUCAGUUUUUCCUAUUCUUUAAGUCAUCUGUGACACCGGUGCUCUUGCUGUGUCUGUGCAAGACUCUGGGCCAGGCGUUUAUGGACUGCUGCUGUUGCUGCUGUGAGGAAUGCCAACCCAGCACCUCCUCUUCCUCUCAAAACAUUGCAGAGAGCAAGCUUGAGAUGUCCACAUCUAUUUUCUUUGACAAAGCCAAGGACAGUACAACCAUUUUGUCUAUUGGCAGCUGAGUCAGCAGACCUUGCUUUGAAGUGUUUUGGUCACAAGACAUCUUUGAAUUAUUUCUCACAUCCACUUUCAUCACAUCUCUUAUUAGUCGCCAUUAUUUUUUCCCAGGCUCACUGUCUGAUGGGAAAAUUUACUGAGAUCUUAGAUGGGCUAGAAAUCCCUUUGUCCCUUUGAAGCUCUGAAGUGCCUUUUAAAAGAAGGAAGUAUUCACCAUGUUUAAAUGAUCAGCAUAUGCACAGUUGAACCCACUUAGUUUGACUAAUCAAAACAUACUGCACCAUUUUGUCAUAAAAUGUCAUGACAUCGUAAUAUUCUCUAAAGAGCUGGGUUUUGUACUUUAAAUCAUUAACACUUUAUGUCAACAGGGGAUCACGUCAAGCUUUUAUAGACUGUUAGCCCAUUUGGCUUGACACAUUUUUUUUUUUUGACAAAAGUUUUUGUCAGUUUUAUAUAAAAUUGUGACUUUAUUAGUAGGUUUAUAUUUAGUGAUGAUUGUCAGUAUUUGCUAGAUACCUCAUCAGCAAUGAAAAGGUCAGUUAAUUUUUUUCAAGAUAUUCGUUUAUUGAAACAUGGGUUGUUUAUGUAACAAAUAACAUUGGUAAAUAAUCAAUGCCAUAGUUUGUUAAUGUACCAGCUUGACUAGUGUACAUAAAUAAUUAUUUUAAAAUAUUGUACAUGCACUGAAUUGCUUUAUUAGGUUGUAAAUAAACUAAAAAAAUCCAAAAACA